AUGUAUAUAUUGAUUUAUCAAAAUGCUAUGUUUAAAUUCAAUUUUGUGGAUGUCAUUGACAGUCAAGUUGUAUAUGAUCAAGGUAAUAAUUUGUUUAAGGAAAGGACAAAUUUACCAAAAUUUGUCAGGCUUCAAGUCAGU